ACGUACAACCAAGCAGGAAAAGUGAGUCACUAGAGAUUUGGUGCUCUUAUCAGAGCCCUUUCCUCUUGGUCUGCCCGACUCCCCAACUCUCCUUGCCCGGCCGAAUAAGGGGCACCAUGGCGGGCAUGAGACUCCGGGAUUUAGCGUCUUCCGAGCUUUACCGUCGCCGGCAGGAUCGGCAGAGUGGCACCGACUCCCUUCUGAACAGUGGGGCGGACCCGGCUGGGAUUCUUGGCAACAUGUCCGACGCCCUCGCGAAUGCCAUAUGCCAGCGCUGCCAGGCCCGCUUUGAUCCCUCCGAGAGAAUCGUGAACAGCAACGGGGAGCUGUACCAUGAAAACUGCUUCGUCUGCGCCCAGUGCUUCCGGCAGUUUCCAGAUGGACUCUUCUAUGAGUAUGAAGGCAGGAAAUACUGCGAACAUGACUUCCAAAUGUUGUUUGCCCCCUGCUGUGGAGCAUGUGGAGAAUUCAUUAUUGGACGUGUAAUCAAGGCAAUGAACAAUAAUUGGCACCCGGAUUGCUUCCGCUGUGAGCUUUGUGAUGUGGCACUUGCCGACCUGGGCUUUGUGAAGAACGCCGGCAGGCACUUGUGCAGACCAUGCCACAACCGAGAGAAAGCCAAGGGCCUGGGCAAGUACAUCUGCCAGAAGUGUCACCUGAUAAUCGACGAGCAGCCCCUGAUGUUCAAAAAUGAUUCGUACCAUCCAGACCACUUCAACUGCAUGCACUGUGGGAAGGAGCUGACUGCUGACGCUAGAGAGCUGAAAGGAGAGCUCUACUGCCUGCCCUGCCAUGACAAGAUGGGGAUCCCCAUCUGCGGGGCCUGUCGCAGACCCAUCGAAGGACGCGUGGUCAACGCUCUGGGGAAGCAGUGGCAUGUCGAGCAUUUUGUGUGCGCCAAAUGUGAGAAGCCAUUUCUGGGUCAUCGACACUAUGAGAAGAAAGGUCUGGCAUACUGUGAGACUCACUACAACCAGCUCUUUGGAGACGUCUGCUACAACUGCAGCCACGUGAUCGAGGGAGACGUGGUGUCGGCUCUCAACAAGGCCUGGUGUGUGAACUGCUUCUCCUGUUCCACCUGCAAUAUCAAGCUCACCCUGAAGAACAAGUUUGUGGAGUUUGACAUGAAGCCAGUGUGCAAGAAAUGCUACGAGAAAUUUCCGCUGGAGCUGAAAAAACGCCUGAAGAAGCUGUCUGAGCUGGCUUCCAGGAAAGCUCAUCCCAAGUCCGUGGACUUAAACUCCGCCUGAGCGUAACAACAUUGUCCUCCUCACUGUGCGUUCAUCUUCUCCUCACAUCCUGCAGCUCCUGGGAGUAGAGGUAUCUGUUGAAAUUGGCUAAAAUGAAUCAAACACAAGUAAUACCUAUCCUCCAGCUAUGCUUACCUUGGUCCCCCCCCACCCCCAAUGCAAGUGGCCUUUAAUUAGGCAGCCUCAAAAGCCACUUGGGCAAGAUGGGCAACUGGUGUCUCACUUUGGCAACAGGCACAGGUAUUAGCCUCAUGGUUAAGCCAUUUGCCAUUCCUUUCCAAAUUCCUCCCUAUCCCCGCGUGUGUGGAAUGAGCUUUAGUGCAGCUUGGAAACUAUUCUUGCGGGGGGCAAGAUGACCGCAUAGGUUGUCUUCCCUCUUCUAACUCUGAAAUUUUCUGGGGACUUCAGUGGGAAGCAAAGUCCCUCAUUCCAGCCGUUUAGUUGGACGGCUGAAAUGGCUGCAGAUCCCCAUCCUGCGUAUGUCUUGAUGCUACUGCUGUUGCCUCCUGGUUUGGGGGAUUGCUCAGGGGCUUGGCAAGCAGCCCAGCUCCUUGCUGGGUGAAUGUCCUCAUCACUGUCCUGAGCAUUGGCGGACCCAGACCCAACAGAGGGGAGGGAGAAGCCCCCACCGGCCUGCCCUCUCUAAUCGAGGACAUUCACCAGCUCGGGAGAGGUAGCUAUCUCACCGUUACCCGGGCUGUUCUUUGGACUAUGGCCGGGAAGUGCCAGCUGAGAUGGAAUUAUCCUCACCAGCCCAGUUUGCCUAGAGCAAGUGUCCUUUUGGGGAUCAUUUCUUAGGGAGAAAAAUCUGGCUGUGGCCCGAGUACCAAUCUAACAGCAAUCUUGGAGUGUACCAGGGAGACCCUGUUUGGAGCCCCUAGUUCUGCCAUCAAAGCUACCCCAAGAGUGGGACAGCAGUCGAUUGACAGUUAGCAUUUCAGUCUCUUCCACCACGUCCUCUAUCUCCUCACCUCUGGUCACCUGAGUGGCCCAGGCUGUCUCCAGAGAAUCCCAGCUAUCACGCUGGAGGGCUCUUGGCCUAAUCGUGGAAGCAGAUGGUCUAGCGGAAAGAGCAUGGGCCUGGGAAGCAGGAUGCCCGGAUUCUAAUCCCGGCUCUGCCCCUGAUCUGCUGCUUGCCCUUGGGGAAAGUCAGUUCUCUGUGGCUCAGUUUCCUCAUCUCCCUACCUCUCAGGGAUGGUGCGAGGCCCAAGUAGCUCAGUAAUGGAAAAGCGCUUUGGGAAAAUAAAAGCACCAUUUCAAGUCUAGAUGUUAUUUUUAUUAGGAGAGACAGAUUUAUGAGUACAGCAAAGGUUUUACUCUAUUGCAAUCUUGCAUGGAACACUGAAAUGUGAGAGGCUGGGUUUAUGAGUGUGUCUCUUAAUUGGCCCAAGAAAUAUCUGUUUGAUUGAUUUAUCUGAGUAACUGGCGAAGUAGGCAUGAGAGUGGAAUGGGGAAAAAAAUCCCUGAAAGAAAUGUGAUUGGGAAGAGUCAACUCUGCCCCAUCCAAUGGCCCCAAGAUCACAGGAAGUCCAUUUUUCUCCCUCUACCCAACUCCAUCACUGCCCACAAAGGGCAAAUUCACUCUUAGGUGUUGAUAGCAAAGAGCCUUGGUUCUCUGCCUGCAUAAGGCUGGCAUCAUCAGCUGUGCUAAGGUGAGGAGUCCUCACAGUCAGCUGUGAGGUGAGGAGGAAACCCAGUACAGAGUUGUUAAGGCCUUUCAAGGAUCAGCCAGGUGCUUGGCCCCUUUCCUUUCACCUCUGCUAAUGAGACUGCUCCUGAAAACUAAAGCCACCGCUGUCAUCUUAGAUAGUGGAGUUGGAACUGGACUGUCUCGUCUUCUUCUUCCUGUCAAGAUGCUGUGUACCCCAUCUCCCUGGCUCCUAGGUGUCCUCAGCUACUUCUCACGCUCAACUCAGCAAAGAACAUCAUGUGCCGAGGAACCUUUGCUCAUCUGGUGGAGUGCUCAGCUCUCUCCCUCCCUCAGGGUGCAGUCCCAAUGUUCAUUUUCUCCCAAGUUAGUAGCCCAGGUGUCUUUGGUCAGCGAACGAAGCACCGCUGCUGCCGAUCUCUUUCAGUUAAUACUUCUGGAUGUGGUGGUAUCACUCCAGCCCAUCGUAAACACGGUCAAAGAAAGGACUAAACAUUUAGGCCAUGCUGUAAUCACGUAUUUUGCUGGCUGUCUUGUUCUCUUGCUGAUUGUAAAUGCUUCCAUCUGGGUUGGGUAGAGGAAUGGCCCUAUAAGAAUCACCUGCCUUCCAGUCUUCUCCAGGGCCCUGAAGAGAAGGAGGAGACAGUUCAAUGUCCAAUUAGAGCCUAUACCAGCUGAUAUUUCUUGGGCAGAGUUCCAAUUCCUUGAUCCAAGUUGCUAGUCUUAUCGUUCUCAAGGAGAGCAGUUACUACCCUGGGCCCCCUUAGAGUUUUAGCCAAACCGCCCAGAGCGAUUUGGGUGGUAGUUGAAAGAAUCCUCCCUCGCAGACUUCCGGAAAAAUUGGAAUACAAAGCCACUUGAGUUUAAAAGGGCUCAAGAGGCAGAGAAGAGACAUCUUAAAACAGAAGUAGUGUGGUCUCCUUCCCAAAAGUGAGAAGGCUAAUUACUCCUGAGAUGAGUUCUUGAGGGGUCAGUCAGCCAGUCGUAUUUAUUGAGCACUUACUGUAUGCAGAGCACUGUACUACGGGCUUGGGAGAGUACAGUACAACAACAAACAGAUGCACUCCCUGCCCAUAAUGGGCUUAUGGUCUAGAGGACCUUACAGUCUGUAGACCAUGUUGAGCGGGGAGGACAAGGGGGCAAGAAGAUCUCCGGGAAUUGCAAUGGACAAAUGGUACCCUCCAGUGUUCCUGUGAGGAAAUGAAUGAGCCAUUACCGGUGUGCUUUGGCAGCGACACAUUUCAAUGGCAACGGCCACUCUAGCCCUCAUAAAAUCCACAUUCCGAUCCACCCUAUCCAGACGGGCAGCCAGACACAGUUUGGUCAUUUCCAUGUCCAGCUCCAGCUAACUUAGAAUACAUUUUUUUAUACCAAAAUCUGCUGUCACGCAACCAACUUUUAUAGUUUUAAAGUCUAUAUUUUAUAUACAUAAUAUAUAUAUUAUAUAUUAUAAAGCACCAAUACUCACGGACUACACUUGAAAGUGGCAAUGCUUCAAAAACCUGAAAUAUGUAUGUGUGUGAGUCUCGUUACCCAAAGGGAACACUAAAUGCUUUUUAAACCUAAUUUCAAGCCAAAUAUGAGCACGUAUCAAUUGGUUGAUUAGACUCUGCGCCUUUCCCUCUCUAAAGAACAAAAAUUCUGUACGGCCUUCUUUUGCUCAGUCGCGUCUUCAUCUGCCACAUCUUUCUAUUAGGCAAAGCUGGCACUGGGGAUUUGUGCAGAAAUGGAGAUUUUCAACCAAGAAGCAGUUCGGGUGUUUUUCACAGAUGUAUUUUGUACAGGAGAAUCAUGGGUCCAUUAGAAACACCAUCGCAGGGAGAGGGUCAAGAUGAUUUCUUAGGUUCAGUCCUGAACUGAGCCUGCCGUGAAUAGUGGGUCAGUUAAUUUUGGCUUGUGGCCUGGAACUGUCAAAGUUGGAGGCUAUUGGAACCAAUGUGCUCCUGCUUUAUGCUCCAGUAUUACCCAUUUAGCAUUGCACUUAAAAUGAAUUGUGGCCAAUUAUAAUUGCUCAUCACAAUAAAGGUGUAUAAGAAUGAAAA